AUGUUCUCGCAGGAGGGCAAGGUGUUCAUUGUGACAGGUGGAAAUACCGGUGUUGGAUAUGAGCUCUGCAAGGUUUUCUCCUAUCACCCCGGGAAGCUCAAGUUCCUUCACCUCGAUCUGAAUGACCUUGAGUCUGUGUUACAAGCGGCCAAAAGCUUUUCUGAGCAAGAAUCAAAACUCGAUGUUCUCUGGAAUAAUGCAGGGACUGGGGCCAAUAUGGUUGAUCCUGGGGCGAAAAGUGUCCACGGCCUCGACGCUAUGAUUGGCAUGCACUGCGUAGCGACACUACUUUUUACGGAGCUCCUCGUAUCGCAGCUUCGAGCAUCUAUUAGAUCCGACAAUCCAGGAUCAACUCGAGUAGUUUGGACAUCCAGCUAUCUAGCUGAGGGUGCCUCGCCCAUUAACGGGAUUUCGUUCGAACAUCUUCAAAAUCGUAUCUCCGACCGUACCGCCAACUAUGCUGCAUCAAAAGCAGGAACAUGGAUUCUGGGCCGUGAGUUUGCGAACAGACACGGGAACGAAGGAAUUCUGAGUGUUAUCCAAAAUCCCGGAAAUCUGAAGGCGGGCUCAUAUGCAGGUACGCCUGCGCUCGCCAUGUGGCUCAUCAAUCCUUUGCUCCAUCCGCCUGAAUUCGGGGCUUAUACCCAACUAUAUGCUGGUAUAUCCCCCGAAGUCUCUUUGGAUCACAACGGUGCAUAUGUCAUUCCCUGGGGAAGAAUUCGACCCGAUAACGAUUGCCCCCGACAAGAUAUCGUAAAGGCCAUGACAUCGACUGAACAGGGAGGAUUAGGCUAUGGCAAAUUGUUUUGGGAAUGGUGCGAGGAGCAAUGGAAACCAUUUAUGUUGUAG